AUGAGUAAAAUCAAGCCCUGCAUCGUCUAUGCCGAAGAGUUCGAUCCGUCCAACUGUGUCCAGUACAAGUUGGAGAAUGCGGCUGGAGAUCGGAGUAAGAAGGUGCCCAUCUUUACGGCAUCGUACGGAGUUGAAGGUCUGUUUCACGUGGUGGAUCGAUUCAACAAAGCUGCGGAACGGAUGAAUUUCGCGAUUGGAGACAAGUGGUCCACAUUUGAAGACGUUCUGGACUCGGUUGCGCAACGCAAGUGGAACAACCUCGUCCAGAACAUUGCGGCUGGAGCAAGGACAAAUGCUCGUUUCGACCAGGAGAUCGCCAACUUCGUGCAUCAGUAUGCAGGACACGACCACCCUCGUGAUGUUCUGAUCAAGUACAUCAAGAGCGACGACUGUCUCAAACCACGAAAGGUGGACGUCAGCGUUCACGCUUCAAGGAUUGAGACGCUAUGCAGGUAUGCUAACCGUCUUCGUGGACAAGACACUGCAUUGACUGAGGAUCAAAUUAAGGUCCGUGUUUUCGAAGCGUUCCCACACAUUUGGCAGAACCAUUACCGACGUAGUCGUUGUGAACUUGCCGAGGAUUCGAUCACGCAGAUCGUCCAGUACAUGAACCUGUGCAAGGGUAUUGCAGAUGAAGAGGAGACGACUCGUGGUAAGAAAAGGAAAGCUAGCGACACGGAACGUGUUCGCGGUGGUGGAAGCAACAACAAGACCGACACGAAGAAGAAGAAGACAGCGGACGCGAAUGACACUUGUCCAGUUCACGGAGAACACAAGUGGGGCGACUGUUCAUUGAAUCCGAAGAGCCGCAACUACGGUAUGUACCAGCGAAACAACUACAAUCACGGAGGACGUGGUGGUGGUCGUUUCGGAGGUCGUGGAGGCAGUGGCUAUGGUGGACGCGGCUUUGGUAGAAGUGACAAUAUGGGACGCGGUUCUUAUGGCGGUCGUGGUUUCAAUGGACGUGGCGGAGGCUACAACAAUUCUGGAAGAGGUGGCUACAACGACAGUGGACGUGGCGGUGGCUACGAGUCCCGAUACUACCAACCAUCAUCUAUGCAUUAUGAACAACGAGACGGACAACCUGGGUCUCGUUCUGGCUGGACGCAGCCUGAGUCUCAUCGUUUCGACGUACCAUCCGAUAGGAAUGGAGGUUGGCAAUCCGGAAGCGGUUCAUGGAAUGGACCUUCGUCUCGCAACAACCACUGGUGA